CUUGAGUACCUGGCAAAGAAUUUGUGACAUCAAGCCAUUUACUCUGUCUCGCUGACUUUCGUGAUAGUCACACCGUUGUGUCAAAAGACACCCGAAACCCCGAUAUGGAGGUUCCUCUCCACGCACAUCAAGACUCCCGAACACGGUACUCUCCUAGAGGCAGCAAUGUGGGCCUGGAUACGUAUUGAAAUCUUUCGGUCUGUCAUGCGAAAUGAAAAGUUAGACCUCGAAAUAGAGCAUGUCGACUUCGAUCGCUCCCUCCAACCAGCGGACGACGACAUCUGGGCAUGGCGGAUGUGCCUCCACACCGUCGACGUACUCAACUACUGCUAUGGGGGAAACAAGCCCCGCGAGACCUACGAUCAGCUGGUAUCCUACGCCGCAAAGUGGAUGAGGUCAGUUCCAGAGUCGUUCACACCGGUUUUAGUACAAGCCCCGUUGCGUGGUAGCCUCUUUCCAGAGAUAUUUCUAUUGAACGACUCUGUCGUAAUGGGGCUUCUAUUCUAUCACAUCAACCGCAUUCUCUUAACGAUACAUAAUCCCGAUGCGCAACGCUUGGCCAAAGUAUCUAAACAAGCAGCCCGGUCGAUCAAUAAAGAGAUCUUUACCGACGUGAAAAUUCUUGCCGGCAUGGCAGACUCAAUUAGCCCAUGCAACCCGGCUCAUAUAUCGGCCUGCAUGGCCAUAGUCUUGGCGGGCGACCGUUUCACCAUCAGAGAAGAGCAAGAAGUCCUCUACGAGUUGCUAUCAAAUACUGCGGAUGACUUCAGCUGGGAUGUGUCAUUGAUACUGGCUCACUUAAAGAAGUCAUGGAAUUGGCCUGAAGACAUGCUCGUAUAGCUCGCUUCUAGCACAUCUUCAGGUCAUGCCCUCAAGCUUGUACACAAAACUUUAUUAUCCUGUAUCAGAAGCAACAUCAGCCGCGAUUUCUUCGUCGUAUCCCACUGGCCGCUUUCUUUGUGGUCUGGCGAAUGUCCAAUGGUAUACGUUCUUGAAAUUGUCAACCAGGCCGAAUAGAUGCCUACGACCAUAGGUAGCGCACCGCCC